CAAAAACAGAAGUAGAAAGCAAGGGACACAUACAGAAAUUGAAAACUUAGCAUGUUCCCUAUUUAAGACACACACGAAGGAAGGUCCGCAGAGAACCUAGAGCCCAGCUCACAGUCGCCCCCUCAGCCAGGCCAGCAGCAUCUGCAAGAUCCCCAUGGCCCUGCCCUUUCCCUUCCCGCUGGCCCUGCUGGUGCUCAGCUGCAACUCCAUCUGCUCCCUGGCGUGUGACCUGCCUGAGACCCACAGCCUGGGUGACAGGAGGGCCUUGGCGCUCCUGGAACAGAUGAGGAGAAUCUCCCUUUUGUCCUGCCUGCGGGACAGAAAGGACUUCGGAUUCCCCCAGGAGGUGUUUGAUGGCAACCAGCUGCAGAAGGCUCAAGCCAUCUCUGUGGUCCACGAGAUGAUCCAGCAGACCUUCCGCCUCUUCAGCACGGAGAGCGCCUCUGCUGCCUGGGAUAAGACCCUCCUACACAAAUUCUGCAAUGGACUUUAUCAGCAGCUGAGUGACCUGAGAGCCUGUGUGAUGCCCGAGGUGGGGGCGGAAGAGGCUCCGCGGACCGAUGAGGACGACUCCAUCCUGGCUGUGAGGAGAUACUUCGAAAGAAUCACUCUCUACCUGCAAGAGAAGAAAUACAGCCCUUGUGCCUGGGAGGUUGUCAGAGCAGAAAUCAUGAGAUCCUUCCCUUGAUCAAGGAACUUGCAAGAAAG